AUAUUCCCACGCACCUUGAAUUUCAUUUUUUCAUAAAUUUGAAGGAAAAAAAUAAUCAUCGCUUUCAUUAUUUGUAUAUUCCCUGGUGGUUUCAUCAUCAGGCUUUGUUUGCAAAGCCUUUGUGUUACGUUACUUCUUCAUCUUUGUUAUAUAAUAGCAUAGCUCGUUCCCUCUUAUUUAUUGUAAAUAAUGACAAAUAUAAAUUCUAUAAGUGAGCAAGAUGAUAAUUCAUCUCCACGAGGAAGAUCUUUAGAAAAUGAUUUUAAACGAAUAAUAAAUGAUGAAAGAUUUUAUGAUAUUGCUUUAGAAUGUUCGGAUGGAACGGUUAAUGGAUGUAAAGUUAUUUUAGCAACUCGUUCAGAUGUUUUCCACUCAUCCAUUUUCAAUGAAUCAACAAAAAGUAAUAACAAACUUUCAUUUAAUGAUAUUAAUACAACAGCAAUGAAAGUUAUAUUGGAAUUUUUAUAUACAUCUAAAGUUGAGAACUUAAAGGUUGAUAAUAUCGUUGAAAUUUAUUAUGCAUCCGUUCAUUUUGACUUGAUUGACCUUCAAGAUCAUAUUAUCGAAUUUAUACAACCUUUGAUUAAUGAAAACGUAGAUAUUGGAAAAAAACUUUUAUCAGAAUGUGUUAGAAAGUUCUCCUUAGAAGUCGACAAUAAAAUGGUUCAUAUUUUAGUUCAGUGUGUGGCAAAGAAUAAAUUAGAAAAAAAGGAUAGAGAUUCAUUAUCAUUAGAAGGUUUAAGAUAUCUUUUAAAAAAGACCUUUGAUGUUCGCAUUCCUUUUGCAACAUCUGAAUUUAAUAUUUGGGAAUAUUCUUUAAUGAAAGCUAUUAGAAAAGUUACACAAAGCAAUCCACUCGUUGAAAAAAUCUUGGAUGAUGGAAGUUUUUUUUCAACUUGUGAACCACAAGUAAUUGAAGAAAUAAAAAAUCAUAUGACUACAUUAAUUGAUUACAUUAAUUUAAACCGAAUGGAUGCAAAAGAAAUCAAACAUAUUGAACUGUUUAAUAUUCAUACAAUUGAGAAACUCAAAGAUGUUUAUUGUUCAAUAGCAGUAAAUGAGGAAUCAGGAUUUAUUCGUGGGAUACCCGUUUUUAGGUGGAAAAAUGAUAAUGUGGAUAACAUGGUUAAUGUUUGUAAUGAUGGAUUUACUGUUGAAACGGUUAAGCUAUCUGCACCCGCAUUGAGAGAUUUUAGGGGUAGAGAAGUUACAGGCGUUGUCAGGCCAUUUGUACAGCCUAAAUCAAUAUUGGGAGAUUUAGUGUUUAAGGGUAGAGGAGUUUAUGAGUGGAAUAUUUCAAUUGAUAAGAUGUAUAAACAUAUCUAUAUCGGUAUAUGUGAUAUUAAUGAGAAUUUAAAUAAUGAUUUCUCUUUCACUAAUUUCCCUUUCAAUUAUCGACAUGGAUGGGUUCUUGGAUCUGAUGGUUAUGUUUACCAUCAUAAAACACAAAAAUGGUAUGAUGCAAAAUUUAAAGAAGGGGAUAAGGUUACUGUUCUCCUGGAUAUGAAAAACAGUACUUGUGCAUUUUCUGUAAAUAAUAUUAGGAAACUUAUAGUUUCUGAAUGGGAAAUCCCUUCUCAAGUUUAUCCUAUUGUUUCCUUGGGACAUGGUAGUAAAAUCACAAUCACGUAUUAGGUUUACAUGCUUUAUCUAAAAUUUUUUAUGAGUUGUUUUACCAUAAAUAUUUAAAUUUUUCAAUAUCUUCAGUGCCUAUAUAUAAAAAUAAAAAAAAAUACAACAUAAUUAGGAUAGGUAGUUUGUUCUUGUUAUUAAAGAGAAACAACUAAUCAUUUUUCUGUAGCUAUGACUUUAAAAAUACUAAAAAUAAAUUACGAAUGUUGAACAAAUCCGCCGAAUUUCAAUUACUUGCAAAGAUUUAAUGAUAUGAAUAUCGAGAGUUCAAGUGAAUUUUU